UUUUUUUUUCUCUUUCAUAUAUAUAUAUAUUUUCACGAAAAAAAAAAUUUAUUUUCAAAAUGGGAACACCACGAAGAGCGUAUCCUUCUCUAUCACCUUAUUCACUAAGUGAUACGCAUAUAACAGCGUCUCAACAAUCGCCUACAUUCCAUUAUGAUUCAAAUGACCGUCAAAGACUAUAUACUCCUUCUGAACAUCAUUACUCUUCAUACUCUAAUAAUCCCAGAGUAAGAACUAGUGCCGAUACAAGUACUUCAAAACAAAGUAGCAGUAUGGGUAUGUUGAAUUCGGGUUUAGGCGUUGAAGAGGGAGGCUCUGGAACAAUGAAACGAACAAAUAAAACUCAUGUACCAAGCGCUUGUGUCAAUUGUAAGCGAGCACACCUUGCAUGUGACGGUCGCGACCUUGCAAAAGAUGUGUGGCCCUUGGAAAAGUGGAUACUUGUAUUGAUAUUAAACAUAAAAAGCGCGGAAGACCAAAGUUGAAGGAUAAGAAACCUCAUCCAUACAAUACUCACGCAACUGCAGAUGCAAAGACUUGGG